GUAAUAACGUAUGAUAUGUGCAGAGCGGAGCAGGAGCGCAUUUCCGGCAGGUCCUGGUGGAUGUCCUUGCUGUUUAUCUGCACUCUCGCUGUGUUUGGCGUCAUCGUCGUCAUGGUGGCACUGGGAUGGAAAAACUACGGUUUUGAGUUUCGGACAAAUAAAGCGUACUCCGCCUUGAGACGUCGUGUGACCGGUGAAGGGCAACUGGAAGGCAAGCGAGUCGCGUGCAUAUUUCGGGGGCGCGACGCUUCGGCUGGAAGUUACCCAGAAGACGGUCUCUGCGAUUUUUUCAUCUACGACAACAUCACCUACAGGGACGGCAAGAUACACUCGGAGGAUGGGCUUCCCGUGUUCUGCAGACGGUCCCGCCACGCCCGCCGAACACUGUACCUGGCAGCUCUGUCACCGGAUACUGUAGGCGACCCCGGUGCAUUGAAUACAACCGCCUUCGCACGUGCCAUUAGGGGCACGAGAGGAGUGUGUGUUCUGCGAGGGCUUGGCCUUUUCCUCAGCUUCGAUUCUGGACGGAGCUUGGAACAGUCACUGAGAAACAUUACGAGAAUAAUGAGGGCCAUGAAGCGUCGUCUGCGACGAGUACUUUAUCUUCCUAUGCUAUUUCUGGGAGGACAGUUCCUCGGCCUGGAUCAGCCCUCGAACAGAGCACGGUACAGCAACGCCGUCCAGCGAGUGAUACGGACGGUGGAUAUCUUCAUCGCUAUGACCCACGUGAGUGCUUCCCCAAAAGGUCCCUGUGUCCCACAACCGACAGCCACCUGGAACGCCGACUCUUUCAAUGAUAGCUCGAUGCCCACGAUGAGUGCUGCGCUCGACCUUAUCCGCCACGUGAAAUACGACCGGUCCCGUCACCUCAUGAUGAUAUCGGUGACGAUGGCUGUGGUGUCCUACCGGGGGUCAAACUCCAUAGCGUCUCCUCCGACCCUGGGUGGACGAUGUACCCAUGCACUUAAUUCGCCCUAUCACCAGGGAUGCAAACCGAAACGUGCUGUUCCCAACCGCUACAGCCAAUACGAGACAAUCGUCUUCGAUGUCAACCCGGUAACCAAUGAAACUCGCUCCUACGAAACUGUUACGUCACUGAAACACAAGGUGCUUGCCACCCGGAAGGAGAUAGGCAACGGAACCAUCGGCUGGGCUCUUUUUGAUGCUGAGCAGGAAGAUAGCCAAGGUUCCAGCUGCAUUCCUGUUCGCAGACCAGAACCUUUCAAACGCAUCAAGCUGAUCAGACGGCUCGCCUGAUUGCUAGUCUUCAUGUUCGUGGCAGUUACAGUGCUUGACGUCAAUUUUUAUGCAAUAAAACGUCUAUUAAACGCA